GCGUUUCACUAGGACAAGAUGGGGUCCUGUACGUGUUGGCUGGCGAUCGUUCUCUUCUUCUCCGCCCUCGCUGCCUCCCAGGGCAACGAGACAACAGAGCCUGAUGUGAUGCCGUUUGAUGAGCACGACCCGCCAUUGGUUACUAUGUUUAGUGAGCAAGAUCCUCCCAUGGUUACUAUGUUCGAUGAUGAAGAGCCUCCAUUGGUUACUAUGUUUGACAAGGAAAUGAAGAACGACGAUGAGAAUGACGUAAUGGAAGCCAUCGAAGGAGAUAUGGAGCUUCCAACUCGUGACUUUAUGGACACGAAUCCAGUGGAGAUUGAAGGUGAACCGAUCUUCGAAGGAGACAUGUUGCUGACACACACCCAGUGGCGCGCAAUCAGAGAGAGGAAAGGUCUCAAAAGUGAAACCUCCCGCUGGCCUGAAGGAAGUGACGGGUACCCUCUUGUACCUUAUGUAUUUAAGGACAGCAAAUUAGAUACUGCCGCCAUAAAGCAAGGGAUGGAGCACUGGGAGCAACACACCUGCAUCAAGUUUGAGGAGACCACGAACACCAACCAGCCUCACCUUAAGUACAUUUACGGCGGCGGAUGUUAUUCGUAUGUUGGCAAGUUAGCACAGAAUGGCCAGGAUGUGUCCAUUGGAUUAGGAUGCAAUUAUCUCGGUAUUGUUGUUCACGAGAUCGGGCACGCCAUGGGUUUCUACCACGAGCAGAGUCGUCCAGAGCGGGAUGACUAUGUGGUCGUCAGUAAAGAGCACAUUCAAGAUAACAGAGAAUCAAACUUUAACAAAUACUCCACAAAUACGAUCGACAAUCAGAACGUACCAUACGACUAUACCUCAGACAUGCACUAUGGACCCAUAUCAUUCACAAUCAACGGCAAGACAACCCUUGCAACCAAAGAUCCAUUGGCGCAGGGACUGAUCGGCCAGCGAAGUGGACUUUCUCACCGGGACAAGCACUUGGCCAACAUCAUGUACAAGUGUAUAGAGAAAUGGCUUGCCAAGUGUGAAAAGGACACAGACCCAUGCCAGAAUGGUGGAUAUUACGGGGCAAACUGCGCUUGUGUUUGUCCACCGGGCACCUCUGGAGCUAACUGUGAGACUGAGACUGGAGGUUACUAUGAAAAUAUAAUGAGUUCCUGCACCCAAAAAGUCACGGAGGAGGGCACCCUUACCUCUCCGAACUACCCCAACAAGUAUCCCAAUGGACCUGAAGGCCAAUGUGUGAAAUGGAUACAGGCUCCCGAGUGCCACGUGCCCAAACUCACUUUCUCUUCCUUUAGACUGUACGGCAAGAAUAGUUAUUGCUCUGGAAAUUCGUGCUGUUAUUUUGAUGCUUUGGAGAUAAGAACCGACAACUUAAACUACGGUGAAGUCUUCUGCGGCACUGAUAUCGCCUCGGGCAGGAGCAUCACCAGCACUGGUCGAGAAAUGAUUUUAUACUUCAGAACAAAAUCCAACUUCUACACGGGAUGGUCUGCUGAGCUCACCUUUGAGAAACAAGAAGAUUGCCAAGAAGCCCAAACGACUGAAGACACGGUCACUGAAGGAAGCACCACUGUGUCCACUACAGCUGAAUCAGUUGCUCUUGACUGCAAACUUGAAAACUACAACGGAGUGUACUAUUGGAGCUCCCCCAACUUCGGUAACGGCAACUACCCCAACUCCUUCAGCUGUGGAGUGGCGGGAAAUGGGACAAACUAUGGAUUGGCUCUUAAGCUGGAUACCUUCAAGCUACAAAGACCGAAGAACAGACGGUGUGUCGACAAGAUGGUAUUGAAAAUGGGGAACGGCAGAGUCAGGACUUUGUGUGGUAAGAAGUCAAGAAGAACCUUCACAUGGCCAACUUUUGACUUCACAAUGCAGUUCACUACUGAUGAAACUAUUGAUGAUACGGGAUUCAAUAUCUCUAUAAGAGCAAUUGCUAAAAAAUGCAAUAAGGUACUCAACCCAAGUGCAGGAGAACAGGGUACCAUCACUGCUUCUAGGCAUGAACGCAUUUGCGACUACAGAAUUGUGGCCCCUGCUGGAAGUGAAGUGCGCAUUGACGAAAUUUCACCAAAGAUUUUAAGAUCUCCGAACUGCAGAAGAGACUGGCUCACUGUCAACGACAGGAGCGAAAUAAUGUAUCCCAAGGAAACAAGCUCAAAAAUUUGUGGUUCGAGUAAAGUGACUUCUCCAAAAACGUCCACCAACGGCGAGAUGUACAUAGCGUACAAGGGAAGCAGGAAGAGUCAAGGUUUCGCGCUUAAGUAUACCAUUGUUUGGAAGAUGGAGUCGUGCAAGUGGUGCCUGACUAUCGCCCUCUGCUUCUCGGCUCUUCCUGCCUUACAAGCACAACCCACACCUGUGAUUCAGAAUGAUGCAGAACCCCCCGCACCUGUUACUGUUGAUGCUGAUAGACAACCACCAUUUGUGACUGUGAAUGCUAGACAACCACCACCUGUGACUCUUAAUGCUAAUGAUGACGAUGACGAGAGUGAUGUGAUAGGAGACGACGAGAGAGAGAUGAAGCUUCCACUACGCGAUUUCAUAGACACUAACCCAACGGAGGUGAAAGGUGAACCGGUCUUCGAGGGAGACAUACUGUUGACUCAGGACCAGUGGCGCGCCAUCAGAGAGAGGAAAGGCAUCGCAAAUGAGGCAUAUCGCUGGCCUAAAGGAACUGACGGAAACGUUUUAAUACCCUAUGUAUUUACUGAUGAUAGAUUAAAUCAGGCCGCCAUACUUGACGGAAUGAAUCACUGGGAGCAAAACACCUGCAUCAGGUUCCAAGAGACCACCAACACCGACCAGCCUCACCUGCGCUUCAUUUACGGUGGUGGAUGUUAUUCGUACAUAGGCAUGAUUUGGUUUUGGAAUGGACAAGACAUCUCUAUUGGAAAUGGAUGUGAUAAUGUCGGCAUUGUUUCUCACGAGAUCGGACACGCCGCUGGAUUCUAUCAUGAGCAGAGUCGUCCAGAGCGGGAUGACUAUGUGGUCAUCAAUUGGAUUAACAUCGAUGAUAGCAAAGAAUCAAACUUUAAUAAGGCUUCCACAUCUGAAGUCAACAAUCAAGACACAAUUUACGACUAUUCUUCAAUCAUGCACUACGGAUCCACGGGAUUCACAAUUAAUGGCAAGACGACCAUUGCAACCAUAGACCGUUUGGCGCAAGCACUCAUUGGGCAGCGAGAGGGACUUUCUUUUUGGGACAUCCGUUUAGCCAACAUUAUGUACAACUGUAUUGACAAGUGGCUUGAUGACUGUAACAUAAACCCAGAUCCUUGCCAAAACAAUGGUUAUAUCGGGGCUGACUGUGCCUGUGUUUGUCCCACCGGUACAAUAGGAACUUACUGUGAGACACAGACUGGAAGUUACUACGAGCCACUACAGAAUUCCUGCACCGAAAAUGUCACUACUGAAGGCACCCUCACCUCCCCUAACCAUCCUGGAAAUUAUCCUGAAGGUAAUUGUGUCAAGUGGAUCCAGGCUCCAGAGUGCCACGUGCCCAUGCUCACCUUCACUGCGUUCAGGUUGUACGGCAGAAAUAGUCAUUGUUCUGGAAAUUUGUGCUGCUAUUUUGAUGCCUUGGAGAUAAGAACCGACAACUUGGACUACGGUGAAGUGUACUGCGAGUCUGACAUCGUUGACGGCACCAGCUUCACCUCCCCUACCCAAGAGAUGGUUCUUUUCUUUAGAACGAGGACAAACUUCUACUCGGGAUGGUCUGCUGAUCUCACCUUUGAACCACAAGAAGGAUGCGUACCCACCGGCACCACCCCUACCACUACCACCACCACUCCGACAACCACCACCACAACACCUACCACUACCACCACCACCACUCCGACAACCACCACCACAACACCUACCACUACCACCACCACAUCUACCACCACCACCACCACAACACCUACCACCACCACCACCACCACUCCGACAACCACCACCACAACACCUACCACUACCACCACCACGCCUACCACCACAACCACCACACCUACCACCACCACCACAACCACCACUCCUACAACCACCACUACCACCACACCUACCACCACCACUACCACCACCACUACACCUACCACCACUACUACCACAAGCACCACUACCACCGCCACCACUACUCUCACAACCUCCACUACCACCCCAACCACUACCACAACGGAAGAGAUGCCUCCAAGCUGCUUACUUGAAUACCACAGUGGAACAUAUUACUGGAGCUCUCCUAACUUUGGGGUCACAGAUUACCCGAACAGCUUUACAUGUACCCUACGUGGAAGUGUAAUACCGGGAUAUUAUAGCUUGUACAUGAUGCUGGAUACCUUCAUAUUGCAAGGGAGGAGGAGAAGAAGGUGUCUCGACAAAGCAAGAUUAGAAAUGGUGGGCGAGAAAACCAAAACAUUGUGUGGUACGAAGUCUGGGAAAGUGUUCACGUCACCGUCUUUCAAUUUCCAAAUGAAUUUUACCACAGAUGAAACAAUUACUGCUCCAGGCUUCAACAUCUCAAUAAAAUUUAUUCGUACUGACUGUCAUCAAGUCAUCACCCAUGCAGCUGCCGGUGAAACAGGCACCAUCACUGCUGCUAAGAACCAAAGAGCCUGCGAGUAUAGGAUCGUGGCACCUGCUGGAAGUCAAGUGCGCAUUGACGGUAUACAAGCGAAAAUUGCUACAUCUACACAGUGCAGAAAGGAUCGGCUUCUUGUUAACGGGAACAGUGAAAGAAUGUAUCCGUUGGACACAAGCAGUAAUAUAUGUGGUUAUACGACAGUAACUACUCCCAUUACAUCAAGUACCGGCGAAAUGUACUUGGCUUACGAAAAAGUGAGGAGAUGGACACGCGGCUUCAAUGCUAAUUACACCAUCAUAUGAAGCUGUUGGUAACCUUGACGAGUCUUACCGGCUUCGGAGAGGACUGAACGACUUUGCCUUGGCCACUUGUUUUACGAAAUGCACCAGGUUCCUCUUGCAUGCACUAUCAAUAUGAAAGCACUUCUAACAAACUUAAUCACCAAUCAACGCAAAUAUUGUUAUCAAGAACUAACUAUCGUUCAUAAAUCGUUUGAUGUCCUGCGCCCAGUUUGAUCCUUUUAUGGGUGUCAGAGUAAUUGGAUUUAAAUAAAUUGUAUGUGAUGCAGCAA